GCGGGUCCUUCAUCCAUUAAAGGAUGGAAGGAAAAAUUUUUCUUUAUAGAUGAUACGGAGUAGGAGAGGGGGGAUGCUGAGGUAGAAAUGUUGUCUUCCUGGAAGGCUAGGAGAGCCAACCAGAAUAAAUUUAGUUUAAAUGAGGAUGAAGAGGAAGAGGUGGGGAAGUUGGUGAGGGAGGGGGGGAAUUUAGUAAACAUCACGUACCUCACCAACGCAGAAUGCAUAGAAGCUGCUGAGCUCUAUGGGCCAAGCACUUUAAGUGAAGCUGAAAUGGACAAAUUUUUGAGUGCUGUUGGAGGAGUGGCCAUCUCCAAGAAGCCAAGGAAGAAGUCAAGGAAGAAGUCAAAGAGUUCAACCAAGCAAGUGGAUGAGGGAGGAGUUGGAAGGGAGGUAGCGCCCAGCACUUCAGCCGGGGUGGAGGAGGAGGUGCCAAGGUUGGAGUUGAAGAGGAAGAGUAGGGAUGAGGGAGGGGCACUACAAAGGAAGAAUAGGGUGGUGGAGGAAGAGGAAAGGGGAAACGAGGUUCCCCAGUUCGUGCCUCAGCCUCCUCCUGUUGAGCUUGACCCUGAGUUGAGGGAAUCUAAAGAGGGGCUGAGUCUGUUUGAGGCGAAGAACAUGACGGGGGCUAGGAGGUUUAUCAAUGCCACCUUCCUCGAAGUGGACAAGUGUCACGCACGAGACGAGGGUCUGAGGUACUGUGGGGCUUCGAUGGUGAAGCAUGUUUUGGACCGCGAGCUGGGUGAACAGUCUAGCCCAGGAGUUUAUGGAAAGUGUGAAGGAGCGCUCCCUCUUGCAAAGGCAGAGAAGGAAAUAAGGCUGAUGAAGGAGGCUUAUAUGGAGCUGAAGAAGAAUGUGCAGCUGUUGGUGCACGAUGGGAUGGAGGAGCACAUCAGCAACUUCGUCAGCUCCAGCUCAUUUGACAACAUUGUCAACCUUUACCGGCUGCCAACUGCCAUCCUCGCCUUCACAGACUGUAGAAAGAAGGUGAAGGCUGAGUAUCCCGAAGUGGAUAUUACAAAGAUCAACUUCGACGAGCAAGAAGAGGGAGUGGAGGAGAAUGGUGAGAGCAUGUCAGCAGACUUCCGUCCUCAAAUCAAACUAAGGUGGGAUCAUGAUGCAGACGGACGCACUAUUUUCCCUCCAAAUUUCGACUUCGAGUUCGUUGCAGUGGAAGAAGAAGAGGCAGAGGUAGAGGGAGAUGAAGUGGGGGCCGGAGUUGAAGGAACUGAAGUGGAUGAAAGCCAACCAGCUCCAGAGGUGGAGAUUCAUCCAGUUCCUUCUGACGAUGAGCAGCCUCCUCUGCCAGACGAGCAGCCGCCAACACAGCCACCUCUUGCAGUUGAGCAGCAGCCAGUUCAGCCACCUCUUCCAGCAGAGGAAUAAAGAAUUUUUGUUUUGUGAUUUUUUGUUGUAAUAACAGUAAAACAAUUUAUUGUAAUACUUUUGUUUCUAAAGUUGAAUGACAAUUUUGUUUUUGAAAUCAUGUGUGAAGUUUGUUUUACAUUUUGGUUGCUAUAUAUAAGAAUUGAAAUUACUUCAGAUAUAUUUUGAGGGGAAGUAAAUCAUGUCAAAAAUA